GUUCUGCUUUGGACCAUAUCUUCAAAUUCUAUGGAGUAUUUCAUCAUAAAUGGUCAUGUUUAUGAAUGUGGCUCUUUUAUAUAUGUUUUUCUGGAGAUAAAACUGCUCAUAUAAUUUCUGAUUUUUUUCUAGAAUUUGAUUGAACUCAGAAAAGAGAAAUGAAGAAUCAUACAAAGAAGAUAGAGUUUAUUCUACUGGGACUAACGGAUAAUUUUCAGUUACAGAUAGUCAUUUUCUUAUUUCUGCUUCUCAAUUACAUAUUGAGCAUGAUAGGGAACUUAACCGUCAUUGCCCUCACUCUGCUGGAUUCCCAUCUCAAGACCCCAGUGUAUUUCUUCCUUCAUAAUUUCUCUUUCCUGGAAAUCUCAUUCACAACUACUUGCAUCCCCAGAUUUCUAAUCACCAUUGUAACCAGAGAAAAGACCAUUUCCUACAAUGGUUGUGUAUCUCAGAUGUUUUUUUAUAUCUUUUUGGGGGUUACAGAGUUUUUCCUUCUGGCUUCUAUGUCCUAUGACCGCUAUGUUGCCAUCUGCAAACCCUUGCAUUAUACAACCAUCAUGAGCAGCAGACUUUGUUACCAGCUUGUACUCAGCUCUUGGGUAACUGCAUUCCUGGUGAUUUUCCCUCCACUGAUUUUGGGUCUUAAUCUGGAUUUCUGUACUUCCAAUAUCAUUGACCAUUUCAUUUGUGACAUUUCUCCUGUCCUGCAACUUUCUUGCUCAGACACACAUUUACUAGAAUUGAUUGCUUUUUUAUUAGCUCUGAUGACACUCAUUCUCACAUUGUUAUUAGUAAUCAUUUCUUACAUCUACAUCAUCGAGACAAUUAUAAAAUUCUCUUCAGCUCAGCAAAAGAAAAAAGCCUUUUCCACCUGUUCUUCUCACAUGAUUGUUGUCUCCAUCACUUAUGGCAGUUGUAUAUUCAUCUACAUAAAGCCAUCAGCAAAUGAAAGAGUUAUUUUAAGCAAAGGAGUAGCUGUGCUUAAUACUUCAGUUGCCCCUUUGUUGAACCCAUUCAUUUAUACUCUGAGGAACCAGCAAGUAAAACAAGCCUUCAGGGCUAUAUUUAAAAAGAUAUUUUCUACUUCAGACAAAUAA